CAAAUUGCGUCGUUAUUAGCAAAAUUAUCAUAUUUUUAAACGUUACUUAGCAACAAUGACUAGUGCAUUUCUAGUGCCAGGCAUUACGCAGUUUAGUGGGGCUCUGAAAAUUCAGCCCGACCAAGUAGUAAAAUCUAUAGUGGGAUUAUCUGCAAUCUGAUUGGUUGACAGCAACUGAGCAAACUCAAAUGCGCUGUUUCGCAACAUCUAGUCGGGCUCUGAAAAUUCAGCCCGACCAAGUAGUAAAAUCUAUAGUGGGAAUAUUUGUAAUCUGAUUGGUUGAGAGUAGCUGUGAACACACUCAAACGUUUAACAACAUCUAGUCGGGCUCAUUUUCAAAAGCGUGACUUGAAUUUUGAGCUUUCGAAAUAUACGUUCGGAAAUCGUGAUAACUUACAUUACAAUGGCUUCGGCUAAUGAAAUCGAUAAAAUAAGUGAACUACAAAAGAAACCAUUUUCUGUUCGACAAUCAGGCGAGCAAAAUAUACUCGUAAAGCAGCGGCCAAUUCCAAAUUUACAAGCGACUACAGGCAAUAGAAGCUUUCAGGAAAGUUGGUACUCGAAGAAAGAUUGGCUUUGUGGUAGCUCAGAAAAGAAUGCAUUGUUCUGUUGGCCUUGUCUUUUGUUUUGCCCUGGAUCGUCAUCUUCAUGGACGCAGACGGGAUUCAAAAACAUGAAGAAUUUCCUAUCCGAUUGUAAGAAGCAUGAGAAAGCAAAAUCGCACAUGGGUGCUUACAAGACCUGGAGGACCUACGGUUUUCAGCCUCGUGUCGACUGUCUCAUGUCACAAGCCAGACGUGAAGAGAUUCAGCGUCAUAACGAGGAGGUUGAUGAGGCAACUGAUGUUUCUACCAAAGAACAAUUGAGUGUAAUUGUUCGAAUGGACAAAGGGGAAAGUGUCAUUGAAAGACAGCUUGGGUUUGUUGAUGUGAGUUGUGAUAGGACUGCAACUGCUAUAUCAUCAGUGGUUAAGGGUAAGUUAAGUCAAUAUAAUAAUGUGAAAGAGAAAUUUAUUGGACAGACUUAUGAUGGUGCAUCUGUUAUGUCUGGUCAUCUCAAUGGUGUUCAAGCUCAAGUUCAGCAGGAUUAUCCUUAUGCUCAAUUUGUUCACUGUGCUGCCCAUAGACUAAAUCUAGUAUUAUGUCAAGCUGCAUCCUCCAUUUCACCUGUUAAGAUUUUCUUUGUUAAUAUUAGUGCUUUCUGCACCUUUACUAGCAAUUCCCCCAAAAGAAAAGCUUUACUAUCAUCCCAUAGGCUUGAGUUUCCUAGUCCUGGUGACACAAGAUGGUAUUAUAGGGCUCAUGUCAUCAAUGUCUUGCAUUCUAACUAUGAGAAACUGAUAGACAUAUUUGAAAAUCUUACUGAUAAUCCAAUAGUUUGGGAUGAUGAAACGUUAAGUAAGGUUACUGGUUUACUUGGCUACCUUAAUGGCUUCUUGUUUUGUUUCUUGGUACUUGUUUUCCAUAGAAUUCUUGAGCAGUCAUCCAUACUUUAUUCUAUCUUGCAAGACAAGGACACUGACUUUCAUUAUGGAGUGAGUAGGGUUGAGAGAUUCAAGGCCUUUGUUGCUUCUCUGAGAAAUGAUACAGAAUAUUGUCAGGUGUACGACCUGGCUGUUGAGAAAGUGGGACCACCAGUAACCAGGUAUGACCAACGGCAUAAUUACAAACAAAUGUAUUUUGAAAUUCUUGACACAAUUGUGACUAUGCUGACUGAGCGAUUUCAGGAUAUGGAGCGUUUUAAAUUUUUAGACCUUGUUAACCCUAGGGUGUUUAAAAUGUGGAAAGGUGAAGUGCCCUCAGAAAAGAUAAAUCUUCUAGUGGAGGUUUAUGGUGAUAUGUUUGACAUACCAAUGCUAGUUAGCCAACUUUGUUUUAUUUACAGAGAUAAAGACUUUCACCGUGAUUCAUGCGAUGAACUAUUGAAAUAUAUUUUUCAGUUCCAUCUUCAAUCUAGUAUUCCAGAAGUUGUAAAACUGUUAAAGAUAAAUGGGGUUUUGUCAAUUACAAGUGCUUCAGUUGAGAGGUCAUUUUCUUGUUUGAAGAGGGUAAAAAAUUAUCUUAGAAAUACUAUGAGCCAAGGACGUUUUAGUUCUCUUUGCAGGAUUUCCAUUCACAAAGACAUACUGUCAGAGAAAGAAGACGCCAACACAUUGCAUGAUGAGGUAGUAAAGAAGUUCAUUGAAAAACCACGAAGACUUGCUUUCUUAUACAUUCAUAUAUGGCUGAUAGCAAGCUGAUGAUGUCUUACGUCCAUGGCAUGUGAGAAAUUUUCCGGGAACUUUUUAAUGCAGGGAAUGAUGAUUGUCAUUUCAGCACGACAAUGAACGGCAUCACAACUUUUGAUAGUUGUUGAUGACAAAUCUGAGCCUUUUUCGGUUCUUUUGUCAAAGAUGUACAUAGGUAUCUAUUUAUGUAUGUGGUGUUGAGAAAAUAAAUCACAUAUCUGCAA